CAAAUUGCAACACAGCUCCAACAGAUUAUACCGCCCCAAAAUCAACUCUAUCGAUUAUCAUCGACUCGAAUUAUAUCAUUAAAACUACUUAAAAGCCCAUGCGACGAAAUAACUACAUGGCGUGUGAUUCAACUUAGGUCCGACCCCCCGAAAACAAGACUACAGAAAGCCGGCAAGCAACAAAUCAUCCUUCAGCAAAACAAAUGCUUUGCUUUUCACCCAGAAUCCUUUCAUCAACAAGAACAGCCGGUAAGAAAGGCACAAGACCGAUUCCGACGGCUUAUUGGCGUUUCCCACAAUGUACCCCCACCCACACUUCAUUCAGACAACGCUUACAUCGAUCAUGGCAAGGCCAAGAGCGUCAAUAGCCCCAACAUCUCCUUAUGUGGUUUCCAAAGGAAGGACAACGACAGUGGCAUCAACAUCAAUACCGAGAAGAUCAACUUCAGCGCACACAACUAUCAGGCCGUCGACUGCGCACAACUCGGCUUCUCCUGCCGCCGCGUCAUCCCUCUCUGUGGUUCCCGAGGGAAGGACUACGGCGUUGACAUCAGCCGUGACAACGCCGGGAAUGUCAACUUGAACACAUGCAAUUAUGGCGCCGGUGUCGUCUGUGCAUGGGGUUUCUGUUGUUGCCUCUCCAUCACCAUCACCCUCGCCGGUGCCUUGUGUUUCCGAGACAUCGACAACCACUUCGGCAUUGGCAUCAACGGUUUCCGUAACCUCAGUAUCGACACAGACGACCACAGUUCCACCAGAGCAUCCAGAAUUAUCGCCAUCGCCAUCGCCGCCAUCGCCGCCAUCGUCACCACCAUCAUUGUCGCCGUCAUUGUCGCCAUUGUCGCCAUCUCCACCACUAUUUCCUCCAUCUCCAUCACCAUCGCCUCCAUCACCAUCGUCUCCAUCACCACCCUCGUCAUCCUCAUGAUCCUCAUCAUUCCCAUGUCCAGUCACCAUCUUCGGCACCUCAAAGCCUCGGGCAGCGAGCAUGCGGCCGAGCAACGAGCAGGAAAGUUAGUCUCGAUUGACGCACUUGGGCACCAACUCAGCUGGGGAGCGGCGAGAGACGGGUGCCACGGGAGCAGCGAGCCCGACCGCCGCGAGGAGGGAGACGGUGGUCAGAAGGGUGAGCUAACAGUUAGGGUUAAUUUCUGGUAUAGACUGAAAGUGAUAGACAGUGAGCUGCAAACGUACCUUCAUCGUUGCGAUUGUUCAGCGAGUUUGAACGGUAGAGGGCGGUGGUUCUUUGAAAGUCCCAAGGGGAGACCGGAGUGUGCUUACGAGACUGGCGCUUUUGUCUGGCUGAUUCGGAAAGACAGGAUAUCAGAGAGGGCCACAGGACGUAUCUAUCUUCUUCUACGUCUCUUUUCAUGGCCUUUGCCAUCAGUCGUGAUGCCAUCAUCCGACGAGGAUGAAGAGCACCGGUGUGAGGGCAUGUCUUCUUGUCUCGGUGAUCAACUCGACGGAGUUGAGUUAUUCCUUCCCUUGAUCAUCUCCGGUGUUUCUCAGGAAGUUAGUUAG